CGUUCGUCUUUGGAUUUUGACAAUUACCGUUCAAAGUACGUUGAAAUAGUGCACAUUUCAUCAAAAACGUUUCGUAAUUAUUGUUCAAGUAAACGCAUUCGUUAUAAUAUACGUUCUUCACCGCAUUUUGAGUCGUCCAGUUCAGUGCGUAGCGAGCCUGUGUUGGUGUGUGCGUGUGCUGCGAAAAGCAUCGAUAUUACGCGGCAGAGAGUAGUAUCGGACGGCUCUAAUCGCGUCAUUGCUGUACUAAAUUUGCCGUAUUCCGCCAUUUUGAAAGCUGCGAGUUGAAAGUGGAAUUUGGACGCGUUGCUGGAUUUUCGAUUUCAAUAUGAAGCGCCAAAAAUGAUUGCAACGUUUGCGUCGUCAUCGUCUUGAAAACAGUUUUCUUUCCAUUGAUUUAAUUAAGAGCAACGGCAAGCGUUGAAACAAUUGGAGCAAAACAAGAAAAACAAAACAACUCUGAACAAAAAGAGCGCACGGCGCUUAAUUAAAAGUUUUAAGUAGCAGAAAGCACACCUAAUAUUACAUACAUAAACCUACAUACACCAGCACCUAUAAGUAUAUAAUAUAUAUACACACACUCACACUUACACACACACAUAUACACACACAUAAAAGGAGCGGUGACAAGUGCAACUACAUCAUAAAAUAGAAACAACAACAAAGAAACAAAAUGGACAAAAAUCUACUGAUGCCGAAGCGUUCGCGCAUUGAUGUUAAAGGCAGCUUCGCUAAUGGACCGCUACAGGCGCGACCGCUGGUAGCGUUACUGGAUGGACGUGAUUGCUCGAUUGAGAUGCCCAUACUUAAGGAUGUGGCUACAGUGGCCUUUUGCGAUGCACAAAGCACAUCUGAAAUACACGAGAAGGUGCUCAACGAAGCUGUGGGCGCGCUCAUGUGGCACACCAUAAUUUUAACGAAGGAAGAUCUAGAGAAAUUCAAAGCUUUACGCAUCAUUGUGCGCAUAGGCAGCGGCACAGACAACAUCGAUGUUAAAGCAGCGGGCGAACUGGGCAUCGCAGUGUGCAAUGUACCCGGCUAUGGCGUCGAGGAAGUGGCGGACACAACAAUGUGCUUGAUCUUGAAUCUGUACCGACGCACGUAUUGGCUGGCGAAUAUGGUGCGUGAGGGAAAGAAAUUUACGGGUCCCGAGCAAGUGCGAGAGGCGGCGCAUGGCUGCGCACGCAUACGUGGCGAUACAUUAGGCUUAGUUGGACUGGGUCGCAUUGGCAGCGCAGUGGCCUUGAGAGCAAAAGCCUUUGGCUUUAAUGUUAUCUUCUAUGAUCCCUAUCUUCCCGAUGGUAUUGAUAAAUCGCUGGGACUCACACGCGUCUAUACGCUGCAAGAUCUGCUUUUCCAAUCAGAUUGCGUCUCACUGCAUUGCACGCUCAACGAGCACAAUCAUCAUUUAAUCAAUGAAUUCACAAUUAAACAGAUGCGACCUGGUGCAUUUCUGGUGAACACCGCCCGCGGCGGUCUGGUCGAUGACGAGACCUUGGCUUUGGCACUGAAACAGGGCAGAAUACGGGCGGCCGCAUUGGAUGUACACGAAAACGAACCUUACAAUGGCACGCUGAAAGAUGCUCCUAAUCUGAUUUGUACGCCACAUGCCGCCUUCUUCAGCGAUGCAUCGGCAACGGAGCUGCGUGAAAUGGCAGCCACCGAAAUUCGGCGAGCUAUUGUCGGUAAUAUUCCAGAUGUGCUGAGGAAUUGCGUUAACAAGGAGUACUUCAUGCGCACGCCGCCAACUGCUGCGGCCGCCGGCGUUGCGGCGGCUGUUUAUCCCGAAGGAUUAAAUGGCGGCUAUUAUACAGGCGCAUUGCAUCAUCGGGCACACAGCACCACACCGCAUGAUGGUCCCCACAGUACAACGAAUGUGGGCGGGUCUGCCCUGGCAGCACCGCCGCCACUGCAAGCUUCGAGUGUGGCCGCAGCUACCGCUGCUGUCGCGGCUGCAGCAGCAGCGGCUGCCGCUCUUCUGCCCUCGCCAGUGCCCCCACAGCCGUCGUCCGCUGCUGGUUUGCCAACGGUGCCGCAUUUGUCGCCCCAAGUUGGUGGAUUGCCGCUCGGAAUUGUAAGUAGUCAAGCGCCCCUGAGUGCGCCCGACCCUAAUAAUCAUCUGUCAUCGAUCAUUAUGAAUGAAGUGAAGGCCGAGGCAACAUCGGAGACCCCGUAGUGUGUGCAGCUUAAGACGCAGUAUGGCAUGGCAUCAAGUGGAGGGAGGAGGAGGAGGGCUGAAGUCGUCCUCGGCGAGAAACAAUUGUAAUUGUGAAGUUCUACAGCAGCAGCCCAUUCCCGCCAAUUGAACGUAGACGAGCAACUUAUACUUUGCAUUAUCCGACGCAGACAGUAGUCAGGGCUUAUUGUGCAGCAUUCACAGAUUCAAGCACUUAGAUUCAAAUGAUGUACACCACACAUACACACACACUCAACUCGUUCUUGAUUGUGUUUGCCAGACUGCAGCUCUCGAUUUGAACUCAAUUAGUUUCUAUGUUGCAAACUAAGGCUUGUUCCAGCAUCACCUACAACAGUGCCACAAUACAUGCACACACGCACGCACGCACGCAACGCCCCCCAAAUGCCUCAAGAUUAACUACAUACAUAUUUAGAAUUUAAUUUGUAACUACAAACCUAGAAUUCUACACUUCAAUUUAAGAUUCUUAUUUGCAAUGCAGCAAAUUCUAAUUGAAAAUAUGUUAAUACAUAUACAUAAGCGCAAACACAAAUGUUGGAAAUUUUUAACUAAAAAAAAGAUACAAAAUUAUGACAUACACACAACAAAAGAGAAAAGUUUAGUUCUUAAGCUAAGUUUAAAGUAAUAAUAAAAAGCAAGUAAAUAAGUGUAAAUA